CCCUGUAUAGGUAAUUGUGAUUGUCAUCAUGAGUAGCUAGGUAGUAAGUUCAAACGGCAAUCUACACACACACAACGCCAAAUAUAGUGAUCCAUUGUGCGUGAUAGUUAAAAAUAUUCUUCUUUAUCAGUGUUUAGUGUGUGUUUGAAUCUCAGCCAAUGUUAAUUUAGAGUAUCAAACUGUGUAGUUGAUAGACGGUCUGUUGGAACCACCAAUAUCAAUUUAGUUGGAGAGAAGUUUAUUGUAACUUACUUAGAUAAAAUUUCCAUUUUCCAUUGAAAAAAAGACGCAAAACUUGUGUAAAAAAGUUAUUCCCUAACCUAUAGCCAGAUAAGACCAGAAUACAAGAAAUAAUGUAACAAUUUGAUAUAGAAAACCAGCCAGUGUCCUUACUAUUUUUUUUUUAUUAAAGAGUUUUUACAACGAGCACAUUUCCACUUUACGUACAUUCCCGGGAACCGCACAUCAUUAAUAAAAACCCACCCUUGUUUUCCACCAUACAGUGUUACGUGAACAGAAUUUUCAAAUAAGAAUACCUGUAUCAAAAAUCCUAAAAGAAUAUUUACAAGAAAUGAUUCCACUUGUUAUUUUAACAAUUCUUAGUAUACUAUUUGUCUUGAUUCACAAAUAUUUGACACAAAAGUACUGUUACUGGAAGAAAAAAUGUGUGCCUCACUUGAAACCCUUGCCUAUUCUUGGUAAUUAUGGAGAAUACAUACUUUUGAAGCAAUACAUAGGGAUUGUCAACCAGAAGAUCUGUCUUAGCUACCCUAAGGAACCUUACGUGGGAAGCUACUACGGUACUGAACCUGCAUUGAUCAUACAAUGUCCAGAACUGAUAAAACUGGUGACGACCAAAGACUUUUACUUCUUCAGCAGUCGUGAAAUCUCAAAAUACACCCACAAUGAAGUGUUUACACAGAACAUGUUCUUCACUUAUGGUGACCGAUGGAAGGUGAUGCGACAGAAUUUUUCCCCUCUAUUUUCUUCAGCUAAAAUGAAAAAUAUGUUCUAUUUGAUAGAAAAAUGCUGUCACGACUUAAAGGACUUGCUAACAGAAGAAACGAAGACUUCUCAAGUUGUUGAAAUAAGAUCUAUAGUAGCACGCUAUACUAUUGAUUGCAUCGGGUCAUGCGUUUUCGGCGUCGAUACAAACGCUAUGGGAAAAAGCGACAACCAUUUCAGAAAAAUGGGAGAGGUGAUAUUUGAAAUAUCGAAUUUACGUGGUUUCUUUUUAAUAGCCAGGGCGAUAUGGCCAGCACUAUUCUACGGUUUGGGUUUAAAGACAUUCCCGAAAGCAAUGAACGUUUUCUUCCAUAAUCUUUUAACAGGAGUAUUUAAAGCGCGCAACUAUGCGGCUUCGACUAGAAACGAUUUCGUAGACCUAGUUCUGAGUAUGGCUAAAAAUAAGUACAUAACAGGUGAUAGAUUGAGCAAUCUGAAAACGCAGAAGGAUGAAAAGACACGUUUGAAGGUAAACGACGAUCUUUUGGUUGCCAAUUGCCUGUCGUUUUUCGCUGCUGGGUUUGAGACGUCGGCGACUACACUGAGUUUUACACUUUAUGAGCUAGCGAAGGAUCAGGCGGCACAGUCUCGAGCCGCUGAUGAAGUGAGGCGUUACCUUGGGAAAGGGGAAGGAUUGAAGUACGAUUGUGUGACAGAGUUGCCUUACCUCGAAGCUUGCAUAGACGAGGCGUUGCGUUUGUACCCUGUACUAGGGGUUAUCACUCGCGAGGUGGUGGAAGAGUACACAUUGCCUUCAGGAUUACGCCUGGAACCUGGGCUUCGCAUCCACCUUCCUGUUUACCAUCUCCAUCGGUGUGCAGAGUACUUCCCCGAGCCACAGAAGUUCAUGCCAGAGCGAUUUCUUCCCGAAAACAGGCGUAAUAUUCAACCAUACACGUACCUACCUUUUGGAGAGGGUCCGAGGAUAUGUAUCGGAAUGCGGUUCGCGAAGAUGCAGAUGUUGGCGGGCCUAGUGUCAGUUCUGGCUGGUCACCAGGUCCAGCUGGCUGGUGACAUGCCUCGCGAGCUGCGGCUGGAGCCCCGGGGGCUGGUCACGCAGCCCGACCAGGGCAUCUACCUGACUCUCGUACGCAGAGAAUGUCCACUGGGACACUUAUAA